CUCGUGAAUGAAACCCGCCAUCUUGUCGCGCUCAGGAGGAGAACAGCAGCAGAUAUGGCUGACUACAGCAGCGUGGCUCCCCCGUCCUCUAACGCUGGUGGCGGAAUGAACGACGCUUUCAAAGACGCUCUUCAACGAGCACGACAGAUCGCAGCGAAGAUCGGUGGAGACGGCGUUGCUGCACCCCCUUCAAAUGAAUUUGGCUACGGAGGCCAGAAAAGGCCCCUGGAGGACGCUGGUGGGUAUUUUCCCAUGCCUAACCUGAAUAUCGACCAGCCAGAGACCAAGAAAGUGGCAACAAAUGAUGCCUUUUCAGCAAUGAGUGGAAUGGGUGGCCCAGCAAGGUCUAUAUCAGAGGAAUUUAAAGUACCAGAUGGAAUGGUUGGUUUCAUUAUCGGCAGAGGAGGUGAACAGAUUUCACGUCUGCAGCAGGAGUCUGGGUGUAAAAUACAGAUUGCACCAGACAGCGGAGGAAUGCCAGACAGAUCAGUGACGUUAACAGGGGCACCAGAAUCCAUCCAGACUGCAAAAAGGUUGUUAACAGAGAUAGUAGAGAAGGGGCGUCCGGCUCCUGCAUUCAACCACAAUGACGGCCCAGGAAUGACUGUCCAGGAGAUUAUGGUCCCUGCCUCCAAAGCCGGGCUCGUCAUUGGAAAGGGAGGAGAAACCAUCAAAAGCCUUCAAGAAAGAGCUGGAGUAAAGAUGGUCAUGAUCCAAGAUGGACCCCAAAACACAGGUGCUGACAAGCCACUUCGUAUUUCGGGAGAACCCUUUAAAGUCCAGCAAGCCAAAGAGAUGGUGAUGGAGCUGAUCAGAGAUCAGGGUUUCAGGGAGCAGCGGGGAGAGUAUGGUUCACGAGUGGGAGGUGGAGGCGAUAGCUUAGAUGUCCCAGUCCCCCGGUUUGCAGUAGGAAUUGUUAUAGGCAGAAAUGGAGAGAUGAUCAAGAAAAUCCAGAAUGACACGGGUGUUAGGAUUCAGUUUAAACCAGAUGAUGGCAGCACACCUGACAGGAUAGCACAGAUCAUGGGCCCCCCUGACCAGGCUCAGCAUGCAGCAGAGAUUAUUUCUGACUUGCUGAGGAGCGUGCAGGCUGGUGGUCCUCCAGGACAUGGCGGCGGUAGAGGUCGUGGUCGGGGCCAGGGAAACUGGAACAUGGGCCCCCCUGGUGGCCUGCAGGAAUUUACAUUCACCGUCCCAACCAUGAAGACUGGCCUGAUCAUUGGGAAAGGUGGUGAGACAAUUAAGGGCAUCAGCCAGCAGUCAGGAGCCAGGAUCGAACUUCAGAGGAAUCCUCCACCCAAUGCUGAUCCCAAUAUCAAAAUGUUCACAGUCCGGGGCUCCCCGCAACAGAUCGACUACGCCAGGCAGCUGGUAGAGGAGAAGAUUGGGGGUCCAGUCACUCCAAUGGGAGGACCUCAUGGCCCCCCUGGUCCUCAUGGAGGUCCAGGCCCACAUGGUCCUCCUGGGCCACCUGGACCCCCAGGGGCUCCAAUGGGCCCAUACAACCCCGGACCAUACAACCAGGGACCUCCAGGACCACACGGUCCACCUGCGCCUUAUCAGCCUCAGGGAUGGGGCAAUGGCUACCCACACUGGCAACAGGGACAACCUGAUCCAAAUAAAGCGGCUGCUGAUGCCAACGCAGCGGCGUGGGCAGCCUACUACGCUCAGUACAGCCAGCAGCCUCAGGCUCCUAUGACCCCGACAAGUGGAGCUCCUGGCACGAAUCAAACCAACGGCCAAGGUGACCCACAGGCUGCAGGUCAGAGUGGACAGGCAGAUUACUCCAAGGCCUGGGAGGAGUAUUACAAGAAAAUGGGUCAACAGAGUCAACAACCUCAGGACUACACAAAAGCCUGGGAAGAGUAUUACAAGAAACAAGGUCAAGCGGCCCCUCAGGCCACAGCAGCGGCAGCCUCCCAGCCCGGGGGCCAACCAGACUACAGUGCUGCCUGGGCGGAGUACUACCGUCAGCAGGCUGCUUACUACGGCACAGCCAACCCUCAGGGGAUGGGUGGAGCCCCACAAGCCCCUCAGGGCCAGUAAUGUGAAGUGGACAUAAAGUAAAUGCUACAUUGUCGAAACAAAAUCCUUUGUUAAAUGUUUGGAUGCAGACGCCUUGAUGAAGAUCUUAAAUUUCCUUGGUUUGAAAAGUUUCACAUAGAUGGCAGAUUACCCGGCGAACACGUCCUCUUUCAUUUUCUUUUUUUGUUUUUCUGUUUCUUGUAAAUGCUUUGUUUUUAGUGAGGUAAUUAUACAUAUGGUCAUUCCAGCCCUGUAUCUACAUUAACUGUGGUUAGAACUCAUGUUUAUUAAACUGUAGACAUUACCAUGUAAAUCAUCUCAGUUUUAAAUGCUAUUUGCCUGUUGUGUUUUUGCAAUAAAACAAACUGAAACCUCCUGUGUUGGUAAGUUGGGGUGGUUUUCAAACCAAAAGGGUGGAGAUGAGUUCUGUAUGUUUUUGUUUAAAGGGGGGAAGAAAGUUUGAAAUGCAGGCCAUGUGUGGGUUUAAUGUCCAAAAAGGUUGUGCUGUCCUGUCUCUCUCCAACUGUCUAUAAGGCUCUUUAGAAACGUUAUGUGCGUGCAGUGAUCCUGAAUGGUUCAGAUCAACAAAACGUCCUCGUUAAGGCAAUUUUUUUACACCUAUGUUUCCUGACAUUGCUCUGAUUUAGCAGUAGACAGAUGUUUGUCAUUAGAAAGUCGACAGGUGUCUUUGUUUGGUAUCUCAUGCAUUAACUGCGUUGCUGUGGCCCUCUUUUUAAAAUUUGCUUGGUUUGCUGACAUUGUUGAGGUAGUAUGCACUGUAUUUUGCCUUGAUAGACACUUCCUCCUCCACAGGCAAGUUUAGAAAAGCGGUAAGCACGUACUUUUCCUUGAAAUGUUCCUCAGAAAAACGUGGUUGCAAGAAAUGUUUUUAGUGUUAUACAUUUUUUGUGCUAUUCUUUUUCCAGGACAGUCAGGUAAAUUUGUCUCUGUAUCGAAAAUGCAUUGAAAAGUUUGUCAUGCCCUUUUUUUCGAAUUGCGAACUAACAUGUAUGAAAAUGUUUUUUUAAAGAAUGUUUUUUUAAUAUAAAAACAUUGCUGCAAAAAGUCGUUUUUGCUGUGCCCAUUCUGUUAGUGUUUAUCCAGUUUAAGAACAUAGAUGUUAUAGGGUCGGGGGUGGCUAAGCAGUCCUCAUCCAUCAAUUGAGCCCUCCUAUACUGUAAGUACAAAACUGUGAUUGACUUAUGAGAAAAUACUCGCCUUUUUUAUGCUUUUUCAACUGCAAACGUAGUGUUUUUUUGUCAAAUAUUGCACAUAUUUUCCCUUUGUCUCUGGGUAAGUAUGAAAUGUUCAGAGGAAAGGAAUAGUACUUUAGAUUCUUGUACCACAUGUUUCUGAGAUUGAUCUCCCCUUGUGUGACUGCACAACAUUCAGACUUUGAAUCUUCACACUAUGUUGAUGCUUUUGUAGAUUCUCAUAGUCUCUGAGUAGGUAGCAUUUGUGUCAGAUGGAUUUCUGAACUGAGGAAUGUGAGCACUGUUAUAAUGUUGGUAGGAACUGUUUUCAAGGAUGUCCAUGUGGUUUUUUCGUUAUCUGAUCUUCUAAGUGCCAUUGCCUAGGUGAUACUGUUCUGUUUUAAACUGCCAUUUAUUGCAUAAAAGUUCUGCAUUUAUCUCCAGUGUAGCAUGCCUAGGUUUCUGCUCUUAUUACUUUAAUGUCCUUUAUAUGAGCAUGUUGAAUGCUAGAAGUUGAAGUGCUUUUGAAUAGCUCAGUAUUGAUUAUGACAUUUUCUGAAUGAGGCUGUAAUUGAUACAUCAAAAGAAGGAAACAAAUCUUUGACUGCUUGUUCACUGAUGGCAAACAGUGCGAUUAUAUAUCUGAUCUUUGCAGUGUCGUCCCAGACCUUGCACCUUAGGUUCUGCUGCAAUUACACAGGUAAGCUAAACCUAAGGAAACAAGUGUUUUUGUCCAGUGACAUGACAAAUAUUACAUGCAAAGAAAUGCUUACCUGUGUCUCUAAUAUGCCCUCAAUGCAUUUAUGCCAAAAGAAAUGUUCAGGACAUAAAAAUAUCCCUUUAAAGCUGAAAUGAUUUUAUGAAUGAUAUGCAUGAUAUGACUUAAUACAUGACGUUAAAUUACUACCAAGAAUAUCUUGCAUAGGCUCACUGAGGAAACAUUGUCUUGUAUUUUUUAUUUGGUAAUAGCCUUAAUGUUUGCACCUGGGUAAGUCUUUAAGAUGAUUGGUUAAUUAUAAACUGCAUGCCAUGUCAGAAGUUAGUAAUGUGCUCAACCGGCUAGGUCAAAAAGACAUUGAAAUACAUGAUUUAUUUCUCUGUCGUGGUGUGAAUCUGCCCUCAAAGUGCAGUGCAAAUCUCUUAUUGAAAUGCUGCUGCCUUCACUUCUUGCUCACAGUGUUGGAGGAUGAUGCUGCAAGCUUAGGUCAUAGAAUCAGGCCCUGUCGUAGUUUGUCCCCAAAAGGAGGAAUCCUUUGAGUCAAUGCCACUGCUGAACGUAGACCGUUCAAGAGCUCCACUGAUAAGGUAAAAACAAAACAAACAAAAAAAAAAAAAAACAGCAACGCAAUGAAUUUAAAUUCUGUGCAAAGUGUUGGUCAGAUACAUGUUUUUCAAGCUCGGAUUGAUUGUUUUGUAUUCAACAUGAUGCCAUAGUGUGUAGAGUUGUCUGAUGGUUGUUUCUUUAAACUUGCUUGAAUGCCUUCAUAAAUAACCUGAUAGUCAGUAGGAAUGUGCUUUAGAAAGUUGGAUGAGGACAGGAACUAGUACUUUUCAAUUACACAUGCACUUUUAUCAACAGUAAAGUUUGGGGGUUUUCACUUUAAGAUCACUCUUCUGUAGUUAAGGGUCACAUAGUGUUUGGGGCUGUUCACUGUUCAGAGGGGUGUAAGACAAAAGGAGCAUGCCUUUAGAGGUAAAAAGGUUUCAUGUGCUGUGUAUAUUCUCCAAUAUAUUGGUUUUUGUUUUUUGAAUCAGCUGUUCUGACUUUUGAAAUGUUGCCAUGUUCAUUAAUAAAGUUGUAACAUAAACUGGA